AUGUCUCCGUCUCUGGCCCGAUCUGCUCCAAGCGAGCUCAACCACUGGUGGACCCAGCUGAGGUUUCGCCUGCAAAAUAAAAAAGGAUGGAACGAAAUGUUGGAUGAGACAUUUCUGAUCUACACAAAAAACAUAAACGAUAUUCCUCUCUUCUAUGCGGCUAAAACCAACAGCGUUGGUUGCAUCAAGAAACUGCUGAGCUGCGCGUCCACCAACAUCUUUGAGAGAGGAGCCCUGGGAGAGACGGCUCUCCAUGUUGCUGUGAUGAAUGACAACCUAGAUGCUGCUGUGGCUCUGAUGGACGGAGCUCCCGAACUCAUCAACGAGCCAAUGACCUCUGAACUUUUCCAAGGUGUUACUCCUCUCCACAUUGCCGUGGUGAAUCAGAACAUCAAUCUGGUUUAUCAUCUGAUUAGUCGUGGUGGUGAUGCCGCUACACCUCGAGUCACUGGUCUGUAUUUCAGGAAGAGGAUCGGAGGACUUCUGUACUGUGGUGAGCAUAUCCUGGCUUUUGCUGCGUGUGCGGGAAAUGAGGACAUCAUCAACAUGGUGAUCGACGCGGGGGCCAGUACCAGGGUCCAGGAUUAUCGAGGCAACACACUGCUUCAUGUUUUGGUUCUGCAGCCCAACAAGACAAUUGCGUGCCAAGCCAUUGACCUGAUUAUGGCACGGGAUGCGGAGCUUGACCAGUCAGUUCCACUCGACAUGGUGCCCAACUGCAGAGGCCUCACACCUUUUAAACUGGCUGCCAAGGAGGGAAACAUCGUGGUGGGUGUGAAGCAUAAGAUGUGCCCCAUGGCAUUUCAGCACCUGGUUAAUAAAAGGCGAGUCGUCCAGUGGAGCCUGGGCCCUCUGAGCUCUCACCUGUACGACCUGACCGAGAUCGACUCCUGGGCCGACAACAUGUCUGUGCUGGAGCUCAUCGUGGGCAGCCCUCGGAGAGAGGCCAGAGGAAUUCUGGAGGUGACUCCUGUGAGGCAGCUGGUCAGUUUGAAGUGGAACCUGUACGGGAAACAUUACUUCAGGCUCCUGCUGUUGCUGUAUCUGCUGUACAUUGGGACCUUCACACUUUGCUGUGCGUUUCGCCCUCUAAAGGACGCUCCAGAGAACUACACCAUGUCAGACACAGACAAAACCAUCAGGGUCCAGAAAGCCCUCAAUGAGAGUUAUGUGAUGCACAGCGACAACCUGAGACUGGCCGGGGAGGUCAUCAGUGUUCUGGGAGCUUUUGUCAUCCUGGUCCUGGAGAUCCCUGACAUACUGCGAGUCGGAGCGAGGCGGUACUUUGGCCAGACAGCAUUGGGAGGUCCCUUCCAUGUCAUCCUCAUCAGCUACGCCUCCCUGGUGGUGCUGCUGUGCGUGUUCAGGGCCUGCGAGGUGCAGGGGGAGGCCGAGGUGAUGGCAGUGUGCUUGGUCCUCGGCUGGUGCAACGUCAUGUUCUUCGCCCGCGGCUUUGAGAUGCUCGGCCCGUACGUCAUCAUGAUCCAGAAGAUUAUAUUUGGAGACCUGACAAAGUUUAUGUGGCUGAGUUUUAUUGUUCUCAUUGGUUUCUCCACCUGUGAGUAUAUUCUUGCCCUGUGGAUGGUGUACAUGACCCAGGACCCGGAGUCCCUCCCUGCAUAUCGCUCCUUCCCGGUCACCCUCUUCUCCCAGUUUGAGCUCAGCGUGGGGCUGAUCGACCUGCCCGUGGAGCACACCAUCUACACGCCCCCCAUCGUCCACGUGCUGCACGUCACCUUCUCCGUGGUCUCCUACAUCCUGCUGCUCAACCUGCUGAUUGCCAUGAUGAGCGACACACACUGGAGGGUGGCCCAGGAGAGAGAUGAGCUUUGGAGGACUCAGGUGGUGGCCACGACUCUGAUGCUGGAGAGGAGGCUGCCCCGCUGUCUGUGGCCUCGGCUGGGAGUCUGUGGGCUCAGCUAUGGCCUGAAGGAGCGCUGGUAUCUCAGGGUUGAGGACAGAAAUGACCCCAUGAUGCAAAAGAUGCGACGUUACGUUAAAGUGUUCUCCAAGGAGGACGAAAAGGAAGGACUGGAGAAGUCAGACACAAUGAAGGAAGACACAGUGCUCAGGCGAGAAACCAGAGGAGGCAAAAAGAGGAGGGCCCUGGCCGGUUGGGAGGUGAUCCGUCACAGCGCUUUGGGUUUGGAGAUGGAGCAGGAGGAGCCAGAGGAGGACCAGGACAUCAGAUACGUUUAG